UUUGUUUACUUCCGGGAAUAUUCCUUGUGUUCCCCUUAUAAAAAGGGUUCUAUCUAUUCCAUAUGCCGAACUGAAACUUAUCCUAAACGUAUUUUCAAACAGAAAACCAAAUGGCUAACCACCAAAGCCAAGGCCAACAAGCACAUGCCCUAUAUGGCUUUAAACAAACAAAAGUUAUUGUAGUUAUGGUGCCUCUCCCUGCACAAGGCCACCUCAACCAACUACUACAACUCUCCAGGCUAAUCUUAUCCUACGACAUUCCGGUCCACUUCGUUGGCACCACCACCCAUAACCGCCAAGCCAAGCUCCGCGUUCAUGGGUGGGACCCACAAGCAGCGGCAGCUGCCACUUCCAGUAUCCAUUUUCAUGACUUUGAAAUCCCUACCUUUUCAUGUCCUUCUGCAAACCCAAAUGCAAAAAACAAAUUCCCUUCUCACCUGCUUCCGGCUUUCUACGCCUCUGUAUCUCUCCGAGAACCGGUGUCUUUUCUUCUCCGCUCGCUUUCUUGCCAAGCAAGAAAGAUUAUUGUUAUUCAUGAUUCUUUAAUGGGGUCAGUAGUUCAAGAAAUUCAGUUCAUUUCCAAUGCAGAAUCUUACACUUUCCACAGUGUAUCUGCUUUUACUCUCUGCUUGUUUCUUUCGGAGAAAAUGGGGAGAAAUAUAAAGCUAAACGACGCCGUCCCAAAACAACUUCCUCCUUUUGAAGGUUGUUUCACCAAUGAGUUCUUGGAUUUCGUCGCGUCUGAAUACCAGUACCAUAAGUUCAAUUCAGGUUGUAUUUACAACACAAGCAGAUUAAUAGAAGGUAUUUAUAUGGACUUAAUUGAAAACCAAGAGAAAGAAUCAGUGGAGAAGAAUAUCAAGAAGCAUUGGGCAUUAGGGCCUUUCAAUCCGUUAACCAUACCAGACAAGAAAGGAUUAAACGAAAAGCACUUCUGCUUAAAAUGGCUAGACAAACAAGAAAGAAACUCAGUUAUUUUUGUGUCAUUUGGUACUACGACGGCUCUGAGUAAUGAACAAGUCAAGCAAUUAGCUAUUGGGCUAAAGAAAAGCAAUCAAAAAUUCAUUUGGGUACUAAGAGAUGCUGAUAAAGGAGAUGUUUUUAACAAAGAUAGUGAGAAAAAGGCUGAACUACCAAAAGGGUAUGAAGAUUCAAUACAAGGGAUGGGAAUAGUGGUAAGAGAAUGGGUGCCACAGUUAGAAAUUUUAGCCCACCAAGCAAUAGGAGGUUUUAUGAGUCAUUGUGGUUGGAAUUCUUGCAUGGAGAGUAUUACUAUGGGAGUUCCCAUAGCAGCUUGGCCAAUGCAUUCAGAUCAACCAAGAAAUGCAGUUUUAAUAACUGAUCUUCUCAAGAUUGGGAUUGUUAUCAAGGAUUGGUGUCGUAGAGAUGAGAUAGUGACUGCGAAAAUGGUUGAAACUUGUGUUAAGAGAUUAAUGGCUUCAGAUGAAGGAGAAGGAGUGAGAAAAAGAGCUGCAGAAUUGGGUGAGUCCUUACACCGUUCAAUGGGUAGAGGUGGAGUUUCUCGUUUGGAAAUAGACUCUUUCGUUGCUUAUAUUUCUAGGUAAAAUGAUGUUCUGUUUUUGAGUCAUAUGUAUGGGAAAAACUUACCAAGAAAUAUAAUCAAUAAAAGAGUCUAGUUCAAAACGAGAAACUCCACCUCUACCCAUUGAACGUUGCAAUGACUCACCUUAUUCUGCAGCUCUUUAUCUCACUCCAUCUCCUUCAUCUGAAGCCAUUAAUCUCUUAACACAAGUUUCAACCAUUUUCGCAGUCACAAUCUCAUCUCUAUCCAUGUAUAUUGUUAUGGGUUUUUUGUUUGUCUUUUUGAAGCUUCCAACUCCAUUGAAAUUGGAAUGUGAAGAUUGUUGAGGUUUCAAUUCAAGAUUGUAAUCAUUGGAAUUCAAUUUGAAGUCCAUCAUUUGUGAAGCUUAUGUGAUCUUUUAUUGAUUAGUAAUAUAAAUUUUUUUUUUUUUU